AUUAAGAUGGACAGGUCGGUUGCAAAAGGUUUCAACUUCAUCAAUGAAACUAUCAACGACAUUGAUCUGGAAACGCUUAAAGAGCGUCUAAUUAAAAUAUUUGGAUACUCGGCAGCGAUUUAUUUAAUUUACACAACUUCAAAGAGUAUCCUUUCGACCUUCUUCCUAAUUAAGAGAAAUAGGGAGCAAUGCAAAAAUAUCCCUUCUCCGCCAGGAAAUUGGUUCUUUGGAACAAUCGCUCAGUUUAAGGAUAAGGAAAAAGUACCCGAAAAGGUAAUCAAAUGGUCCAAAAAAUUCAAUGGCCUCUACUGGAUUCAAUUCGGGCCAAGUUACAUUCGUGUUGUUGUUGGAAAGGCGUCUCUUGCGAAAGAGAUAUUCAUGUCAAAUGAGCCCAAGGAUCCUAAAAUCUACGGUUUUGUUAGAGAUUGGCUUGGAGAUGGUCUCUUAUUGAGUCAGGGAGCGAAAUGGUUCAGAAACAGACGGCUACUAACGCCGGCCUUUCAUUACGACAUUUUGAAACCAUACGCUUUCGUGUUUAACGAAUGCGCUAAUGUUCUUGUCGACAAAUGGUCAAAAUCUAUCGAUGAUGGAAAGGAUAACAUUGAAGCUUUUAACGAUGUUGGCCUAAUGACUCUGGACUCUCUUCUCCAGUGUAUUUUUGGUGAACAUACCAAUUGUCAGUUGUCGAAAACUACUCAUCCUUAUCUACAAGCUGUUGAAAGAAUAACCUUUCUCACCUCAAGAAGGAUCACUUCGGUAUUUUCGAGCAUUCCUUUUCUCUACCACCUGACUCCGAGUGGUAUAAAGCGAUUUUAUCACCUUUACGUUCUUCAUUCGUUCACCAAAGGAAUUAUUUCCCAGAAGAAGAAAAAAUUGUCCAAUGGAAAGGAUGACAACGGAAUAGGUCUAACUGAUCAAGAAAUAGCUGAUGAAGUUGAUACGUUUAUGUUCGAAGGGCAUGAUACUACGGCUUCCGGUUUAUCUUGGUGUCUUUAUAAUCUGGCCAACAACCCAGAAAUUCAAGAAAAGGCCAGGAGAGAAGUAUUGAUGAUAUUUGAAGAGAAAGGAUCGGAUAAUCUUGAAUGGGACGAUCUUUCAAAACUAUCCUAUUUGACUCGAGUGAUAAGGGAAAGCCUACGGCUUUCUCCACCUGUUCCAUUCGUCUCUAGGCAGGUUACGGAAGAAAAAACUCUAAGUAAUGGGCAAAAGAUAAACGUAGGAACGCCCGUAAGUCUUUCUAUCUUCGCCAUUCAAAGAGAUGAAGAAGAAUGGCCAAAUCCAGAAAUAUUCGAUCCUGAUAGACAUUUGAAGGAUAGCAAAAAUAAAAGAGAUCCAUUCGCUUUCGUAGCAUUUUCAGCAGGACCAAGAAACUGCAUUGGACAAAAUUUUGCAAUGAAUGAAAUGAAAAUUGUUAUGGCUGUCCUCCUGAAGAAUUUUAGAUUUCACAAAAUCGAUGGAAAAGAACCAAAAAUGUCAUUUCAAUUAAUUCUCAAGUCGUUGAAUGGCAUUAAUCUUAGGAUUGAGAAACUUUAA